AUGGUCGCAAAGAAAGCACCACAAAAACCCACCCGUGAACCCCUCUGCCCCUCACUCCCAACCGAAGUCUGGAUCAACAUCCUCCGCUUCCACACCGACCUUGCCCACCUCUGGAACACGGUCCGCCUCGUCUCGUCACCCCUCCGCGCCUGCGUCGAACGCGCCUUUGGCGAGCACUUCCUCCCCGACAUCCACAUCGACUUCCAGCUCGAAAAGUACAACCUCGGCGGCAAGAGCAAGCGCCCGGAGAUAUCAACGCGGUUCGCGCGGCGCGGAAAAGGCGAGGAUGGACAUAUCGCGUGGUUCAAAGAUUCGCAUCCAGAUGCGGAUUCGACGCGGGAAAAGGGCAAGAGGGGCCGGCAGCAUCAUCUCAAGAUCAUGCUUACUGCAGCUGUCUUCCGCGAGCAGCACCGGCUCGAGGUGUUGAAAGCACGAUACCAGGCCGACGCAGCCAAGAAAAUCCAGUCGAAUAAUGCGCGGUUGAGAAAAGGGGAGAAACUUUUGCCGUCGGAUUAUCCGGCACCGUGGGCGACUGCUGGCGCGGAGAUUCGUAAAGAGAUUAGACGGGCGAGGCUGAAAGAGCAUUAUCGGGACAAUGAAGAGAUGGUGUGGGCGAUUGACUCGUUGAAGCAUUUCGAGCAGUAUGGGGCUGCGGCCGGUAGUGCGAGGGCGCUGAAGCUUAAUGCUGAACUUCCUGGGGCUGGGUUGGGGGAGAAGUGGUUUGGGAGUCGGAAUUUGGUGCAGGAACUUUACUUGGAUGAGUGGAGUUGUAUGCAUAGGAUUGAUACUAAGGUUGAACAUAUACGGUUGGGGAUAUGA